AUAGUAUCUCGUUUAUCCCACACAUUGUGAAUGCAGCAGUAGUCCGGUAGACAGGACAACAUGGCUGCUGCUGCGGGCCGAUACUACGGAGAAGGUGGCAGAGCGACGAAAAGACAGAAAACUGAGGACGGAGGAAUGACAACGGAGAGCUACGAUGACCCUCACAAACCGCUGCCCUCCCCGGUGGUGCACAUCAGGGGGUUGGUUGACGGUAUAAUGGAGGCUGACCUGGUGGAGGCCCUGCAGGAGUUCGGGGCCAUCAGUUAUGUAGUUAUGAUGCCCAAGAAGCGCCAGGCCCUGGUGGAGUAUGAGGACAUGAAUGGCUCCUGCAAUGCUGUUACAUAUGCCGCAGAGAACCAAGUAUACAUCGCAGGCCAUCCUGCCUUCAUCAAUUACUCCACUAGCCAGAAGAUCUCUCGGCCAGGAGACUCAGAUGACACCCGCAGCGUCAACAAUGUGCUGCUGCUCACAAUCAUAAAUCCCAUCUAUCCUAUCACCACGGAUGUGCUCUACACCAUUUGUAACAACUGUGGUCCUGUACAGAGGAUUGUCAUCUUCAGAAAGAAUGGUGUCCAGGCCAUGGUUGAAUUUGAUUCGGUCCAAAGUGCCCAGAGGGCUAAAGCCUCUCUGAAUGGGGCAGACAUCUAUUCUGGCUGUUGUACUCUAAAGAUCGAAUAUGCCAAGCCAGCACGCCUUAAUGUCUUCAAGAACGACCAAGACACAUGGGACUACACAAACCCCAACCUGAGUGGCCAAGAUGCUGAUGGUGAAGGCAAUUGGAACAAUUCACAAGAUCCCAAUGGAAAUCCCAACAAACGCCAAAGGCAGCCUGCUCUUCUGGGAGAUCACCCACCUGAUUAUGGUGGCCCUCAAGGAGGUUAUCAUGGUUACAAUGACGACAGCUACGGCCCCCCUCCACCGCACCGCAUGGGGCCAAGCAUGGGUGGGCGUGGUCGGGGGAGCCAGCGCUAUGGCCCUGGAUAUGGACCACCACCCCCUGAGUACGGUCCUCAUGCUGACUCCCCAGUUCUUAUGGUAUAUGGCCUGGAGCCCUCCAAGAUCAAUGCUGACAAGGUCUUCAACAUCUUCUGCCUAUAUGGCAAUGUAGAGAGAGUUAAGUUCAUGAAGAGUAAGCCCGGGGCAGCAAUGGUGGAGAUGGGAGAUUGCUACUCUGUGGACAGGGCCAUCACUCACCUUAACAACAACUUCCUUUUCGGACAGAAACUCAACGUUUGUGUGUCCAAGCAGCAGGCUAUUGUGCCAGGACAGUGUUACCAGUUAGAGGACAACACCAGCAGCUUCAAAGAUUUCCACGGAUCCCGCAACAACCGCUUCACCUCCCCAGAGCAGGCGGCUAAAAACCGAAUCCAGCACCCCAGCAACGUCCUGCACUUCUUUAACGCUCAGCCCGACAUUUCUGCAGAGAUCUUCAAUCAGGUCUGUGAAGAACUGGGAAUUAAGAGCCCCACGAGUGUGAAGCUUUUCACUGGAAAGAGUGAGCGAAGUUCAUCUGGACUUCUGGAGUGGGAAUCCAUCAAUGAUGCCAUGGAGGCUCUAGCUAUGAUGAACCAUUACCAGAUGAAAAACCCUAGUGGGCCUUACCCUUACACACUGAAGCUGUGUUUCUCAACCACACACCAUGCCAACUAAAUAUUUUCCCCUCGUUAUUUGUAAUGUUAUGUGUCUUUGCAUAGUAUACCGCAGUUCUUUUGUCUUAUCCCAUUAAAAACUCAAUCAGUAUUGACAAAAACUAGGAUUGAUGUGCGUGAGAACAUGUUACUUAAACUAUUGUUUUGUAUGAUUUAAUUUACUUCUACCGUGUUCAAUCAAUUGUUUAUUUUGUAUGUUCACAACAUUAGAUUUGAAUAAUUCCCCACUACCCUGAAAUAACAUUUAAACAUGGGCCUCUGUUUUUUGAUUUUUAAAUAAAGUGAACAGUAACUAUUAUGUGAAUACUGAUUUAACCAGUGUUCACAUCUUCAGA